AAAACACUUCUCAGUUAAAGAACAAAAGCAACAACGGAUGGACCGAGGGGGACGAAGUAACGGCGACGCGAAUUCGUACCCGAAUCUCACGGAUUGAGAGAUUUGAGCCCUCUAACGGCAGGAAUUAGCCGACGACUGAACUCCGAGGAAAGGCGACAAACUUGGUCGUCUCGCAUCUUUGUAUCCCGACCGUAAUCCGUCGAGGUGCUUGAUAAAUAAGACAAGGGUCAAACCGACAGACAGACGGUAUUGUUCCCCUGGUCUUCCUCUAAACUUCGGCCAUAAAAAGCGGAGUGGGAGAGGGGAAACUCCGGGUUCCUUUGGUUUUCGUUCCGCUCAGACGGACCUCGGGGAUAAAGGGCUGUUUUGGUAUUUUCGGUUUCCCUUGUGGUAUCUGCCUUUGUGAAGAGGAUACACUUAACUUUCGGGACUGAGAACUUGGGAGUGGAACAAAGCCUGACUGGAACGGGGUGAAUGAGCCUAUUUUGCUUACCCAGAUGGCGACCUACAGUGAACAUAAUGGCAGAAAUGGACUUCUUAUGGGCAUGAAGGAGUCUUUUGAAGGGAAAAUAACAAAGACAGAAUGUGAAGAAAAGCUUGACGUUAAAAACUCCUCCACGGAUUUGCGCCACCCUUCCAGCUCAGCUGAAAGCAACGAAAGUGGCGUGGCCAGUUUCACCACGAACCACAACUCUGUUGUGUGCCUGCCUUUAGUAUCAGAGGGACUGAAAUUGGUAUGGACACAGUCGGAUCAAACCCGGGAACUUGACACAAUCCCUGAGCUGGUCCAAGCCUUUAACCUAUUUCCAUACCCAUCAUCCCGCGAGGUUAGCACCCUGGCUCGGGUAUGUGCCUUGCCACUGGACAAAGUUAAGGUGUGGUUUAUGGUGCAGAGGAUCAAAUAUGGCAUCAGCUGGUCCUCAGAAGAGAUAGAGGAGACAAGGCGGAAGCUCGCAGUGCCCGAAAUUUGUGACAAGUCUACUGAAACAAAUGAGGAAGCCAAAACAAAGAGCAACAGUUAUGAGGAAUUGGUAAUUGAGGAAAAGGAAAGUGAUGAAGUCGAGGGAGCUCUCUCCAGCUUCACCCCUCAGAAAAAGAAACCAAAGUGUGAGUCACCAGAUUCCUAUAAACCAGCCAAACCCAGUGCCCCAUGUUUUAGUUCCACCCUCCCUCCUCCUCAGGAUUCAUACUUCUACCGCCCGCCAGCAGACACACCAGCAAGCACAGCAGCUGAUGUCUCCCUUGACCUUUCAGUAUCUUCUUCUCAACAGCACCGUCAUGGGCGCUACAAGAAGUCUAAGGUGCAGCUCGCUGCCCUUCGAAAGAGCUUUCUGAGAGAGAACUGGCCUGCAGAAGCAGAGCUUAGACGUUUGCAGGAAGAAACGGGGCUGAGCCGUAAUGACAUUCGUAAAUGGUUCAGUGACAGCCGGUACCAGCUUAGGGUUGGCCGAGGAAGCUUGGCAGCAGCCCAGAACUACUCUCAACAAACUGCAGUUGGAGGUAAACAUGAUCAACAAAUUCAACCUCUUUCACUUACUACUCAAAAAACUCGUCAGCAAAAUGGAGUGAAGGGUGCUGAGGUAGCCCGUAGCAAUGGGAUUAGAAAUUCACAUUUCUUUCAGACCUUUUUGACAAACAGCCUGGAAGCAUUUGGGGAAAGGGUCCUUGAUGCAGAAGAGUAUGAAGUUAUGGAGGAGCUUUCUGGUGAUGGGGACAGUUUUAAAGAUGAGGAUCAAAGUGAAGAACAACCCCUGCAACUGACCAAGACCUGCAAGUCUGAGCCAGAUGAGGCAUGGGAACCACCAAGUACAUUAAAAUCCUCUCCCUGCUCUUCCCCCUCUGGCAGCCCACCACUGCCUGCCUCACCCUGUAAACCGAUUUCAAAGAGCAUCAGCACAUCAAAGAAGUCAGCCCACUCAGCCAAAGCCAGUCCCUCACAAACUCCCUUGCGCGUCUCAGGAGCUUCCUCAUCCCCUGGACUUACUCCUGCUGGGCGACCAAGAAAGACCAAGGAGCAGUUGGAUGUGUUAAAGCAAUACUUCAUGCGCUGCCAGUGGCCCAAGAGUGAAGAUUACACUGAACUUGUUAAGCUUACAGGUUUACCCCGUGCAGAUGUGAUUCAGUGGUUUGGGGACACAAGGUAUGCUGUUAAAAACGGACAGCUGCGCUGGGUGAAGGGGGUCCGUGACCAGUUCUUGGCAGAACUUGCAGCCCAGCAAAGUAGUAGUGGUUUAAGUAAUGGAAGUGGCUCUGGGACAUCUACUAGGGUUGGGGGUGGUCGCAAACGAAAAUCUCAGCCCAAUGCAGCAAGUACAGAUUACCCUGAUAUCCAGCCAUUGGUAACAUAUUACCUUUCAACAGGCCCUCUACAUGAAAAAGACCUUGACUCUCUAUGCAAGAAAUCCAAAAUGAGCUACCAGCAAGUGCGAGAUUGGUUUGCAGCUCAGGAUGUAGGGGAGACAUACCAAGAACCUAUUGUUACUGAUUAAGACACUGGAACCAGACUUAGGAACAUUUAUAAAAAAUAAAAAAUAAAAAAAAAGUUGGUGGAGUGUGGUUCUCACAUCCUUUGCACCAACUAGUAUAGUUAUUACCUAGGUUUAAAUUGCUUUAAUUGAGGCAGGUUUGUAACAUCCAGUCUUCCCUGUGCAAACCAAAAUUUAGGUUUGUGUUUUUUUUAUAUAUGCUGCAUUUCAUGCUUAUCCUAAUAUAUUUGGACUUGAAUUAUAAUUGUGCUGCCUGUGUUGCUGUAAAUAGGACAGUAACUUGUACACUGGCUUGUUAUAUUUUUUGAGCUUAUUAUUUUUGUUUAGGUAUCACUACUACAGAUUUUUUAGUAUGCUACUGUAGCAGUAUAAUUUAAACAGGUUGUACUUUUGGUACCUGAAUAUAGCAGAGAAGUAACUGCUCCGGAAAAAAUUCUAUGUUGAUGUCUUUGUUGACUGGUCACUGUGUGAAAUCAUUCCGUUACAGCCAAUAAUUCCUUGUCAUGAAAAGCACACUGGACAUGUACACUUUAAAUUGACAUCUUGCACUUUGGUUUUAGAGCCUGCUGCCAUUAUGUUCAUUAAAUCCAAUCCUUUCACAAAUGAUGAGUUCCUAACUUAACAGUGUCCUUCUUGAUCCAUUAACACUGAAACCUGUGAUCAUGACUUGUGAAAACGGCAUGAUACAUCUAAUUCUAUUACGGUCAGAACAUUUCUGAAACACAUCUUCCAAUAUUCUUUUAGAUGCUCUGCUAUAAUACUGGAUUUACUAUCUGAAUACUUUGCUUGUCAUUUGCAUGUCAUUGCUCUGUACUUUUGUACAGUUAGGAGCCCUGAUACACCAAGCCAAUAUCAGGGCAGUUGGUGAGCGUCUGUUGCCCGUCUCUUUACGGUGUGUCCUGCAUCGCUGGCACAGCGCUGCCCUUGUCUGCAGCUUUUUGGCCGAUUGAGCCCAUCAGUGAAAGAGUCACUCAGACUGACCGUUCAGCAAAGCUAAUCAGUGCACAGGAAGAGAAACCUGAAAAAAGGGAAAGCCCAGUCGCGGUGGCUUCCAUGAUUUCACCCAUUUAGUGUGGUCUCUCUGUAUUUUCACCUCUGCCUCUUAGCUUGUGCUCCAUGUAACUUUUUUUUUUAUCAGACCUGUUCUUGAUUAGAAGCAGCUUUAUCAGUGACAGUGGUGUCAAAACUGCUUUAUCAUAACAGCAUAUAUCAGGAGUCUUUCAGUGUCUCUUUUGAAUGACAUAUAUAGACUACCACUACCUAGUGGAAUGGAGAGUUAUUUCCCCUCUUGAACUUUUCGGCUGUAGUCUUUGUGGUGUUUUCAAGUGCAGCUUUUUGGCCAAGACACAGGCCACAUGAGGUGACACAGUCAUUCUUCGUUGCCACAGGUUCUUUAGAAAUCAGUUUGGUGUGUCUGGGCCCUAUAGCUAACAGCACUGAGAAAGCAUUAAUCAUAUUAUCAUCAUACAGAUGCAAAUGCCCAUUUUAGUCUUCAUUUGCAUUCAUUGAUUCAGUCAGUAUUUUUAAAUCUCCUUUGUCUUAAUAGGUGUAGGAUGUGACUUAAUGGCUUAUAAUAUAGACAAACUAGAUAAGAUAACUGAUCAUGUACUGUGUAAGUAGUAAAGGGUUUUCAUCCAAAGAAUACAU